GAACGAUUUUUAGCUUUUCAUAGACACAAUGCAGCACCGCAUCAUGAUGUUUCUAGUACUUUUCUCUGUAAUUCCUUCAAUUUUCGGAUUAACUGAGCUAGGAAUUCGAUCAAAACGGCAAACACAUAUUUGUGGAACUUAUCCUAAUCAAUUCUACUCAAUGUUUCCAUGCGAAUACUGGACAUCUCAAACUGUAAGAAAUCCUUAUACGUGUGCAAAUGGUGGUAGGAAAAUAGGUGUUGGAUGUUAUUACAACUAUCAGUGUACUCCAUACGCUGCCAACUCCGUGUGUCUGAACAAUUGUUGCUGUACAAAUCCAGUUGUGACAACUCGAGCUCCAAUCAUCCCAACUACCACAACUAGAUCUGUUUCUGCAUUGGCAUACUGCUAUAAUGGACAACGCACGCAAGUUCGUUGCACAACUUCUGUAGAUUGCGCAGCCGGUCAAACAUGCAUGAAUGGGAUUUGCUGUACCACAACAGGAAAUGAAUAUACAGGAUCUUGUGGAGGACUUCCAGCUAUUUCAGCAUGUGGUACAGGUCAGACGUGCGGAUCUUUCAGAUGUACAUCUUCAAACUAUUGCUGUGAAUGCCAAUAUGGAAGAACUGCGGGUCUGUGUUCCAAUGGCUGCCCAACUGGAUAUUCAUGCAAUUCAAACACUGGCAAUGGUUACUGCUGUGCCACUUGUGCUUCUGGGCGUCCACCAUUUGGUUCUUGUUUCAAUGGACUUUGCGCCAGUGGUUAUACUUGUCAAGCAGGAAAUAUCUGUUGCUAAGAUCAUUCACAAUUUCUUCCCUUCUUCACUUGAGAACCACAGAUUGUAGAUAAGAAUCUGCUUGCUAACUGGUUCACUUCUUUCACAGUUUUUUUUCUUUCUUCCGAAUAUCCGUCUCUCAAUUAUCUCUCAUUUUAGCGGCUUCUCUUAUCAUGCUUUUAACGUGCUUUGUGAUUUCUUUUCCUGUAGUUAAGUCUAGUUUUUUCUUCAUAACAUUGAAAUUGAUAAAUUUCUUAGAAUUCGUUAAAAAAUUUCAGAUAAAACACUUUUAUUAACAUGACAAAUC